AUGCUGUGCCGGCUCUUCACUCUCUUCAUCACAGCUGCACUCGCUUGCUGCGUAGCGGCUAUUCCGCUGCAAGGACAGCAAUCCAAUUCUAUUAUUGAGCGCACUCCUGGUAGGUGGCCAUGGCAUCCACACCGUCCCAGACCGCACCGUCCCAGGCCACACUGGCCAUUCCCAAAGCCACACUGGCCAAAACCACACUGGCCAAAGCCAGAGCCAGAGCCGACUGCAGUUCCAACUAUGGCUCCAGAACCUACAACAGUUCCCCCAACGGAGCCAAGCGGAACCUACCCACCAGACACCACUCCAACCGUUGAGCCAACAGUUGUCCCGACAGACGUUCCAACCACGUUCCCAUCAAUGACGCCAACUGCUGAUCCGACUGUAGCUCCUACCGGCACCAGUGUCCCAACUGGAGUACCAACAGGCGUUCCCCCCAUGCCUGGCACUAUCCCAUUCGGAACCGUCAUUAACCAAUGUACUGUUAAUGGCACCAUUGCUCUCACCUUUGACGAUGGCCCAUACGACUACACCGGGCCUCUUCUUGAUAUCUUCGCCAAGAAUGGUGCUAAGGGUACUUUCUUCGUCAACGCCAUGAACUUUGGAAACAUCAUGGACUAUGCCGAUGUUAUCAAGCGCAUGUACAAGGAAGGUCAUAUGCUUGGUUCUCACACUUAUUCUCAUGCCGAUCUCUCUAAGCUCAACUCUACUGGAAUCGCCCUUGAGAUGAAGAAGCUUGACGAUAUCCUUGCUCCCAUCAUUGAUGGAAACAGACCAACUUAUAUGCGUGCUCCAUACUUCGCCUACAGCGAUACUGUCUCCAAGACCAUGGCUGAACUCAAGUACCACAUGAUUGAUGCCAACAUUGACACCAAAGACUACGAGCAUGCCACUCCUGACGGUGUGCCGAUCAGUGUUGAAAACUUCAAGAAGGGUCUCGAGGCCGGUGGCACUAUCACCCUCUGCCACGACGUCCACCAGACUACUGUUGAGCUCUUGAUCCAGCAGCUCUUGGAUGAGAUCAAAAAGAGAGGUUUGAGAGCUGUGACUGUUGGUGAGUGUUUGGGAGACCCCCAGGCCAACUGGUACCGCCCAGCGCAAUAA